AUGGUUUCGGGCCUGUCCAUGGCACCUGAAGAUCCGAUGUGGAUAUGCAAGAUCAAUCCUGACGAACUGAAGGAUGGAAUCACGCUACUGGAUGAACUACCAGAGGAUGCUUGGCGAAACCUCCAUCCUGAAAUUCUAGCCAUUGAUAUAGAUGCAGAAUUUGACAGUUGGGGCAUGUCUAGUAGCUCCCCUUGGCGCUUCGGUGGGAGUAUCAUAGUCAUGCGGAGAUAUGGGAAGGAUCUGGAUGCUGAAUGGGUAUAG